CACGGUAUUAUAUUGGAUAAGCUUCCCAUCGACUUUGUAAAUCACCGAAUCACUGACGUUCUUCCUUUUCCGGAUGAUUAACUCCGACUUUAAGUUUACAAACUUUAACUGCACAUCCUUUGAUAAAAAAGUUGGAGAGUUUGAGUACUGCUACCUGAAGUCGAUAAACCGUAGCUACAAGUAUAUUUCCGGAAAAUAUAAGUUGUACCAAAUCCCCUUUGAGAACAUACAGGUGCACUUCAUAAUGUGGAAGCGUUUAAACGGAUACAAGCCAUUCCUCUACAAUAUAACGACGGAUGUCUGCAAAUUUCUAAGGAAUCCCAAGUCAAACCCAGUUAUGAAAUACAUUUUUGAAUCGUUCAUCGAAUACUCCAAUAUAAACCAUUCGUGUCCCUACAGAAACGACCUAAUUUUGGAAAAACUUCCAAUUGAAUUUGUGAAUCAUCGGGUGACAAAAAUUCUUCCCGUCCCUGAGGGAGAUUACUUAUUUGAAUUUCUGGAUAUAACCCUUUAUGUACAACAUCACGGUGGACGCCUGUAA